AGGUUUUAUAUACAUUGCGUUUUAAUUUGUAACUGAACGCAAAAAUUGUUUCUAAAAUAGUGUUGUUCGAACUAUUUUAAUGCAAGCUUUAGGUUAGUUCAUGAUUAUAUUUGCCUUUUUUAAUUAUUAAAAUACUUAAUAAUGUCAAGUGAAAACUCAGAGCAGUAUAAAAUUUACAUUGAAAAACUAAAUGUCGAGGAAGAAAGAUCUGUAGCUUUAAAUGACUUAAAAAUCCUAUUAACAUAUAAACCAGCAUCCGAAGCUGUAACUAUUAUGAGGAGCAUGGGAAUUUCUAAAAUUAUUCACUGUUUUAAUUCUCCAGAUAAGAAUGAAGUUGAAUUGACUUGUGAAGUACUAAAGCUAUGUUUUGAAAAAUUUCAAGCCGGAGAACUUAUUGCGACUUAUCCAAGUUAUAUUAUGUACAUGUUACGACAUAACAAUGAUUGUGUGCGUAGGUUAGCUGUAGACGAGGUAUAUAAAACUGUUUCAAAGGAUACCCUCUUACUGCCGUUACCUAAGUACAUAGAUGUAUAUGUUGCUAUUGCACAGAUGGUCUGCGAUAAAGAUAUUGGUAUUUCUAAUAAAGCUGUCUUUAUAACAUCUAAUUUACCAGUUGAUAUUUAUCCUAAGGUGUUAGAGGAAAUGAAAAUUGCUUUGGAAAGUAAUAGUAGUAGCAAGUGCAAUGCAUUUGAGGUAAUUAUUAAUAUAUCUUCUAAAUCUUAUGAACUAUUUAAUUUAUGCGUGGACUUGGGAUACAUUGAUUUUAUGGUGAAUGAACUUGAAUCAGAUGAUAUAUUAUAUCAACUAAACAUCCUGGAACUAUUAUCACAAUUAGCAAUAAAACCUCAUGGUAUCAAUUACCUCAUCAAACAAGGAACAUUGUUGAAAAUUUCAGAAUUAGUAAAAAAUUUACAUGAAAAUGCUUUUGGUGGUUUAUUAAUACCAGGUUAUAUGAAGUUUUUUGGGGCUAUUGCACAUUAUUAUCCAAAUGAAAUAUUUCAGAAAUACCCUAUCUUAGUUGAGUCCCUUUUUGAUGCAUUAAACUCUGAUGAUAUAACAAUUCUGCCAGUAGCUCUAGACACACUUGGAUUUAUAGGCACAACAAUAGAAGGAAAAAUGUGUUUAAUGGCAUUAGGAAGUAAAUACACACAAAUCAUUGAAAAAUUAGGACUUAUUGUAAAAAAUAACCCUACAGAGAUGAAAAUUCGUGCACUACAUUGCAUAGCCAGUCUAAUUGCUAUUGAUGGAGACCCAAAAGCUAGGGUUGAACCAAUAGAUCCCAGAGUAACUUUAAUGACUCGAGAAUGGUUUAGAAGCUUAAACAAAGAAACAGGAUCAAUGGAUGCGCUGUUUGAAAAUUGUAAGAAUCCAUUUCCUGACAUAAGAUUAGCCAGUUUAAAUUUACUUAACGCAGUUUGUCAACAUCACUGGGGUGUAGAAUUGGUUGCAAAGACAGCAGGUUUCAUUGAGUAUUUACUCGAUCGGACUGUUGACUAUACAAAAGAAUCAAAAGUAGCCAAGUAUGAAAUAAUAAAGCAUCUGGCAAAUUCUACAGUGUUUGAUGAAAAUAUUAUUAUGAGACUUCAAAAAUAUGUUGAACAAGGUCCUUUCUACACUGAGCUGUCGACUCAAGUGGCUAUUGAAGAAGAAUAAAAAUCUAUAUAUAUA